AUGGAAUUAUUCUUCGUGAAAAUAUUACCAAAAUCACUUCGACAAACAGCUAUCAACAUUGCCCACCAAGGACACUUAGGUGUUCAAAAAGUCAAGAAUUUACUUCGCAGCAAAAUUUAUUGGAAAGGCAUGGACAGUCAUAUAACAGAAACAUUAUCGAAAUGUAGGGUCUGUCAAUCUGUAGGACCUUACCAUGCACCAACACCACUAAUACCUUCACCAUUACCAAACCAUCCAUGGGAGAAACUAGCUAUCGAUUUAUUUGGUCCACUACCAUCUGGAGACAAACUGUUAGUAGUAAUGGACCUGUAUUCAAGAUAUCCUAUCGUGGAAGUUGUGAAAAACACUACUAUUUCAAAUAUCAUUAACAAAUUAGAGAAAAUAUUUUCCUUAUUUGGAUAUCCAGAGAAAGUUCGUAUGGACCAUGGACCCCCUUUUAAUGAUUUCAAAAAGUAUUUGAAAUUAUACAAUAUCAAAGCCAAACAUAUCACACCAUAUUAUCCACAAGCAAAUGGUGUAGUAGUAAGAUUCAUGAGAGUUAUCAAGAAAACCAUCAGAACAGCAUCUUACGAUAACAGGUAA